GUGUUGGAGUUAUGUGAAUUUUAAAUUGAUAAUAAUUUGUAUGUAUGUGUUGGGGUUUUUAGAAAUGGAUCGAAGUUGGAUGCAUGGAAAGCGGAACACGUUGGAGUUCGUAGAAGGUGUGAAUGAGUUUUGUAAACGUGCUGUAGAACAUCAACAACUUACUUGCGAGGCUGAGAUUUAUUGUCCAUGUGUUGAUUGCUACAAUGUGAAUAUGAUUUAUGAUAUUAGGAUCAUAAGGGAUCAUAUUAUUCGUCGUGGAUUUAGGGCCGAGUAUUAUAUUUGGUUAUGGCAUGGUGAGAAAGGAAAAUAUACUCUGGAUAGGGUUAAUGUUGAUGUUGGCACUAGUAAUUCAUUAGAGAUUGAUAUGUCAAUUGUCGGGGUUGAGAAUGAAGUUGUGAUAGAAGAUCAUGUUAGGAUUGAAGGUGAUGAUGGAGUAGGUGAUGAAAAUGACAACGGAGAUAAUAGUGACACUGAGAAUGAAGAGUUUGGUGAUCGAUUAGGUGAGAUGUUGGAAGAGGCUCGUGAACAUUUUAAUGAGCGGCCACGAGUGUUUGACAGUUUGUCUGAAGCUGCUGGGAAACCCCUUUAUUCAGGGUGUACAAAAUACACUCAAUUGAGUGGGGUUUUAACUCUUUUCAACAUAAAAGUGAAACAUAAUUUGACUGAUGUAGGCUUCACAUAACUCUUAGAAGCUUUACAAGAUAUGUUUCAUGAUGGUAAUUUGUUACCAAAAUCUACCUACUAUGCCAAAAAAUUAAUGUGUCCUUUGGGUUUGGAAUAAUAUGAGCGGAUCGAUGCAUGUCCGAAUGAUUUCAUGUUGUAUCGAAAUGAGUAUGCGGACCUUUAUGAAUGCCCGAGGUGUUGUAAGUCCCGCUACAAAUUGCCGGAUAGGGUUGAGCCCAGACCAGGCAAUACUGGCCCUUCUGCGAAAGUGUUGUGGUAUAUUCCAGUUGUGCCAAGGUUUAAGGUUUAGGAGGCUCUUUUCUAUUAAAGAAGAUGCACAAAACCUAAGAUGGCAUGCUGAUCGGAGAAAGAAAGAUGGGAUGCUUAGGCAUCCAGCAGAUUCUCCUCAAUGGAAAGCUAUCGAUUCCAGAUAUAGAGAAUUUGGUCAGAAAGCUAGGAACUUGAGACUUGCAUUGUGUACGGACGGAAUGAACCCUUACGGUAAUUUGAGUAGUCAACAUAGUACUUGGCCUGUUCUUUUAGUGAUAUACAAUCUUCCUCCAUGGUUGUGCAUGAAACGAAAAUAUAUUAUGUUGUCUCUUUUAAUUUCUGGGCCUAAGCAGCCGGGAAAUGAUAUAGACAUAUAUCUUGCACCUCUCAUCGAAGAUCUCAAAAAGAUGUGGGACGAAGGUGUUACGGUGUUUGAUGCGUAUUCUAAUGAAGAUUUCAGGCUUCGUGCUAUGUUAUUCUGUACUAUAAAUUAUUAUCCUGCUUAUGAGAAUGGUAUGGAGGCUACACAUUUGCCACAUUGUGGGAAACAUGUCUAUAUCAUUAAUAGGCAAUUCCUACAUAGUUCUCAUCCAUAUCGAAAGAAAAAAGCACCAUUUAACGGAUUUGUUGAAAAUGCUCUAGCUCCUAGACCGUUAACUGGAAAAGAAGUUUAUAAUCGUGUUAAGGGGAUGGGAACAGUAUUUGGUAAGCGGGUUAAACCUUCGAAAGACGAUGGUGUCAUUUGGAAAAAAGAGUCUAUAUUCUGGAGACUUCCUUAUUGGAAAUACUUACCAGUUAGACAUUGUCUUGACGUAAUGCAUAUUGGAAAAAAUGUUUGUGAUGCAAUUAUCGGUACUCUGUUGAAUAUGCCAGUAAAUACUAAGGAUGGUCUUAAGGUUCGUAGAGAUAUGGAGAAAUUGAAGAUUCGGCCUCAUUUAUGGCCAAAGGUUAAGGAAGAAGCUAAGAAAGGAAAGGGAACAACAACGUAUUUGCCUCCAGCUUGCUAUACAUUGUCUAGGAAAGAGAAACGAUUGUUUUGUGAGUGUUUAUACGGUAUUAAGGUUCCCACUAGAUACUCAUCUAACAUGAGAAGACUUGUUUCUAUGACUGAUAUGAAAUUAAUUGGGUUGAAGUCUCAUGACUGUCAUGUGAUGAUGCAAGUGUUUUUGCCGAUUGCAAUACGCGAGAUUCUUCCAAAACAUGUCAGGCUUGCUAUCACGAGGUUCUGUUCAUUUUUCAAUACCAUAUGCAACAAGAUACUUGAUCCUGAUAAGUUGGAUGCUUUGCAAAAUGAGGUGGUGAUCACACUUUGUCAAUUUGAGAUGUAUUUUCCACCUUCUUUUUUUGACAUUAUGGUUAGCUUAGUCCUUUAUUUGGUAAAGGAGAUUAAAUUGUGUGGUCCUGUUGAGAGACAUAUGGGUUCUUUGAAGUGAAGAAUCCAGCAAGACCAGAGGCUAGUAUUAUUCAAGGAACAAUUGCCGAAGAGGUUGGAGGAUAUUGUUCUUCUUAUUUUGCUAAAGCUGUGACGAUAGGUCUUCCAAAGUCCAGACACGACGGUAGAUUAGAAGGCAAAGGUGGGGUCUGAAUGCGACAUAUUUCACAUUCAUUGAGUGAGUUGCAUAAAGCUCAUGUUUUCGUGUUGCACCAUGAAUUGAAGUUAAUCCAUACUUAGAAAGACAUAUGCGUGAAUUGCGUCACAAAAAUCCGUCAAAAGGGGAGAGGGCAUUGAUGAAUGAGCAUAACAGGUCCACAAUAAAGUAAUUGGUGAAUUGUCUGCAAACAACCAUCAUGUACCUGAUACAAUUAAGUGGUUGGCAUACGGUCCACGUGAAAGUUUUAACUCGUAUGAAGGAUAUGAUAUCAAUGGUUAUACCUUUUACACUGAACGUCAGGAUAAGAAAUCAAAGGUGGUCCAGAAUUGUAGGGUUUCAACGGUUGCAUCAUCUAGGGAGUAUGCGAGUGCAAAGGAUAAAACUCCGAUUGAUGUUACACAAUCAUAUUAUGGGAUCAUUCAAGAAAUAUGGGAGCUUGAUUAUUGUGACUUCACUAUGCCUAUUUUUCGAUGCAAGUGGGGCGGAUAAUAGACGUGGUUUGCAAAGGGAUGAGUGCGGUUUUACUCUAGUCGAUAUGAGUCGUCUGCGUGACACUGAAGAACCUUUUAUCCUCGCAUCGCAAGCAAAACAAGUGUUUUAUGUAUCUAAUCCUGUAGACACUCAGUGGUGCAUUGUUAUUAAUGGUAAAAGGCGAAUUUUAGGAAUGCUUUACUUGGCAUUGAGGUGACAGGUGAUGAGCAGCCACGCCCCUCAGGCUCGCGUUUAUUUCAUUAUUGUAAAUAUUCAAUAUGUAAUUUACUUGUUCGUUUUUCAAUUUAAUUUCCUUAUUUUGAUUCUUAGAUCCACGCCAGACGACGACAUAUCAUGAUGCACAAGGGAGCGGGAAGAAGUCAAGUGGGAAUCCAAAGGCAUUUAGAAAGAGUAAACGAGGUCCCACGAUGAAUCUACACAACACGGGAGAUAUGGUCUUAGAGUUUGAUGAUUUGGGAAGACCAACAAGGCAAUGGCAAGCCAAGUAUGGUAUUUGGAUCGGUUUUUCUAUACGGAAGCUGAACAUCAAUUGGUCAUGGAGACACAUUUCUCCUACCUUGUUGGAUUUGAUGUGGACAGACACUAUGAACAUGUUUCACAUUUGGGACUUGGUUCCAUACAAGAAGCAAAACUUGUCUGCUGUGAACAUUAGAUGGAUGGAUUCUAAGAGCAAAUUGGUGUCUGGUUGGAUAAUAAUGAAGAGAGUUAGAUCAAAGAAAUAGAAGUUAGGUGAUAGUCUGCCAAAUGUAUACAAGCACAUCAAGAAGGAGGAUUGGGCCACCUUCAAUGAA